AUGCCGUCACCUGCCUCUGUCAACAACUCUCCUCCGGCUCCGAGUCCGGCCCAGACUCAGCCUCCACCUCAGCCCGGCGCAUCGGGGGCCGGAUCCGCUGCGCCUCCGACCACGCGACCGGGCCUUCCGGACCGUGACGUUUCCGAGAACACGGUAGAGGAUGCUUACGUUGACUUUAUUCUCUUUUGCAAUCCGGCAGUGCCGCUCUCUACUGACACGACAAGUCUGAGAGAGGCAUUCCGUAAUCCUCCUCGCAGCGGCGGCAAGUCCUUCAACACAUUCGCCAUCUAUGAGCUCGUCCGCAAAUUCUACAAAAGUGAGAUACGGACAUGGACGGAAUUGACUACGAAGCUUGGUGUUGAGCCCCCAGACCCGAGCAAGGAGGAGAGCGCCCAGAAAGUUGCACAGUAUGGCGUGAGAUUAAAGAAGUGGAUGAAUUCCAUGCACGUCAAGGCCUUCUUCGAGUAUCUGAUGGACAUUCCGAAUGAUUACUGGACAACUAUCCCUACUGACAGUAACCCUACGAGCCAGCCUAUCCGCGAUGGUGUGGCUCUCGAGGAUGACAUGGCUCUGAGGGCUCUUUUCCCACACAUACGGCCAAAGAGAGGGAGAAAGCGUCCCGUUGAUGAUGACACAGCCACUUCUCCCGCUCAGAGAUCUCACCUCGCACCGUCAUCAGCCGUUGAGGCCGUAAGCGGUCCUAUGUCCAUGUCAUUGUCAGCAGAUCCCACGAGGCUAAGCGCUGCACCGUGGACUCCGAGUGAUGCUUCUCAGCAGACGCCUCUGUUUCGCUGGCCGCAGUCUGCUAUCACACCGAACUCGAGGAGAUCUUUCUGGGACGAUGCUCUUGAGCCACAGUCUGCUGUUACACCGUCCAAGCCGAGGCUUACGACGCAGCGGAGAGGGCCUAAGAAUGUGUCCUCUGCAUGGAGACCUGGAGUCCCCAACGGUGGUGUCAAACCACGAGGACGGCCACCGAUGAAUAGAACUCCUAUAGAUACUUCUCUGCCUCCGUUUCCUACCACGACCACCACAACAGCCUCUGAGGAACCCGUAGCCCCCAUUUGUACUCCGCCAGUCUCAGCUCCCGGGGUAGACAGUGGACAAUCAGAGAAUAGUUUCUCGAUCCCCUCGAUAACAUCACAGCCGCAUCCUCCCCCUGCUCCACCGAAGCCUUCUCGCCCGAGUAUAUCUUUACAAGUUCCCGAAAGACCAUCAGGCAGUGUUAGACUUGCAACUCCUCCCCCAGUCGUGGUCAUCAACGGCCCCGGUGAAACUCAGGCUCCUCCUCCACACACAUACGUCGGAACAUCAUCGAACUUUGCAAGAGCUACGAACGAAGUGACUACGUCACGACAGCAUCAAGCUGAGGAUACAAUGUCACAACAAAAGGACGUUCCAAGGUUGUAUUUCGAGAGGCUUGAAGAACGGACCAACGUGGAUGAGGUUAUCGGUUAUAUGAUGCGCAGCCUCUUCGGUGCAGAUUGGCUCGAUGCUGAAGGAAAUCCAACACAUGCAUGCUCAACGACUGAAGCGAUGGCGAUCGUCAACUCGGUUCUCGAAGACUUGUACAGAAAGGCAGCAUCACCGGACAUGUUUUUGAUCAACCUAGCUGCCAUGACAGGGGGCGGGUACCUCCUGGCCGGGACGACGAGACUCAAACGCGUUGGCCUGCAAGACGGCGCGAUGAAGUAUACAUGUGAAUGGAUAUACGGCCUAGGUCAUCUCAGGGGCCAGUAUCAGAUGGAAAUUGCUGUGCCAGUGGAGAUGCUUGACGAUUUUAAAGAGCCGAGUCCCGAAGCUAUGUCCGCGGAAUCAGCAUCCAAGUUGUCUGCGGAUGAGUGGCAGGCCAAGUACGAGAAGCUGCUUGAAGAGUUGGAUAAGAAGGAUAAGACGUUCAUGGAUCUGAGGAUGAAGGUGACGGAUAUUCUGAGGGGCGUACCUAAGAAAUGA